ACUGCAUUGAUAAUUGGAGAGGACUGCGUCUCCUAUCCCCCAACAAAACCCUAAAAGAGCCGAAUAACGCCUCCAAGCCCCUUCAUUUCCUCUCCUGGCACUCACCAUAUAGCGGAGGAGAAGCAUCCAAGACCCUGUGAGUAAACCCUUCUCAUCGAAAAUCUCUUCUUCUCAUGGCUCGGACGAAGCGUCCAAACCCCUUUCUUGAUAAUCCACCAAGUGCUUCAACUUCAGAAGAAUAUGCUGAAAAAGGAGGAAGAGGAGGAGCUGAAGAUGAGUCUGGUUCUGAUGAUGUACUGAGGAAAUUUCAUAAAGAUGGGGUUGAUUUUGGUUCUGAUAAGCUCCCAAAAAAACCUAAAUCUAAACCUAAUGUUGAACCACCAGAGCCAAAAAAGUUCAAUGCAGAAAGGGUUUGGAGUGAAAAGGAUGAAAUUGUGGUUUUGGAAGGCUUGAGGGACUGGAAAAACAAAGGUAAGACAUGGAAUAAGGAAAAAGGUUGGAUCCCUGUUAAUGCUCUUGGUGAAUUUCUUAAUGGUAUUAAAGAAUCAUUGCAUUUCUUUCCUGAUACGAAGACUCAAUUGUAUCCAAAAAUUCAAAAAUUGAAGAUUAGAUUUUUUAAUGCCAUGAAGAACAAGUAUACCGAUGGUGAUGAGGAUCCUGUUUUUGAGAAACCUCAUGAUAUUAGAUUGUAUUUGAUUUCGAAAGAUAUUUGGAGUGAUCUUUACAAAAAAAUGAAGGAAAUGGAGGAAAAGACUGGGAAAAAUGCUGCUGGUGUUAAUGUGGAGGUUGGUGAUGGUAAUGGUAGUAAUGUGAAAGCUAAAUGGGGGGAGCUGCUUGCUAACUUACCUGUGUCGGGUAACUUACCCAAGUUUGGAAUGAAAGAGUGUCUUUCGAAGGAGGGUUUGAAAUUGAUUGGUGAUUCUAAGGUCAAGGAGUUUGAGAAAAAAUGGAAGAAAUUGCAUGCGGAGGAGCUUGAUAUGAACUUGAAACGUUUGAAAUUGAUGCGAGAGACGAUAGAGGCUGUUUUGGGAGCUGUCAAGGCGUCAAAGGAUUAACUUUCGCGAGACAAUUACUGUCACUCCGCAUAACAACCUAAAGUUGUAGCGACAGUUCCCCUUCUUACCUAUAUACAUACUGAAUGAGGAGAAGAAUGAGUGCUCACAGAAGUUUUUGUAAACAUAUGGUGGAUUCUCUCCAGAUAUCUUGGGUGAGGUUUUCGUUUGUUUAGUCAAAAUUUGUAUGUAUACUGAUGGCUAAGAUGAUGUUGGAUGCUUAUGUCACCAGGAGCUGCUAUUCCGAGGAAUAUGCAGGUAUAGAGAUGUAGAUUGUCUCUCCCCAGUUUCUACAUAUUUUUGGUCAAUUUUACGGUGUUGAGGACUAGGUGGUUACAGUUUUAGUGAGUGUUAAGCUGAAUGUUAAGUUAAGUGGCCACAACACAUUACAUGUAUGGGCAUUGGGCCAUGCAGGCUUUAAGAUUUCUGUGUAACGUCUUCUUUGAUGUUGUGUCAGGUGAUUCUUCGUUUAGUAUUCAUGUUUUAUUGAUAUUACACUGCAGACCCAUCCUCAAUAUAUUAAUCAGGAUAUCGACACUUGAGUUACUUCUUACAGAACACACUUUUGAUGACUUUUUUAGGAGUCUUGUCAAAUUUUGCCAUCUCUUGUAGUAUUUCUUUACAUGUUACAGUUAUCGCCACUAUGUUACAGCUUGGACGUUUGUUGGUAUUUUCUCACUGGUAUGGUUUGUCUCGUCAGUUUUCUAUUCUAUGAUGGUGUGUUUUAUGACCCCUUUUCUUGUGCAUGAGCAUGUGGUUGUUAUUGCUAGAAACCCUGAGAAGUUGACCGACCAGAAGGGGUCUGACUGAGUUGGUUUUAGAGCAGUACUUCAAGAGAUACGGGAACUCUUCAACAUUUUGUCUCUUGUGAAGAGCCAUCUGGGUGAUGGAAUUAUGCCAAUUGUCAUGUCUUAUGGACUAGGCCAGAGCCGUCUUAUGGACUAGGCCAGCUAGGCUGUUGCAUAGAGCCUGCCUCAAAUUGUUAGGGCUCAAAAUUUCUAAUGUUUUUUACAGUUUGGUUUUCGUCUGUUUGUUUUUUUUGUUUUACCAUAUAGGUGGUGCUCUGACAUAGUGUCGGCCCCUGUUCUUGUUUUUUUUUUGAAGCAUCUGUUCUUGUUGAUA